AUGACAGCGCUAGAGCGCAAGCAAUACUAUGAUCUCAGGCAAGAAUGUAAGAAGCGUAAUGAGCAGGCUAAAAACCGCACAUGGGUAGUUUUCCGAGGUGAAUUAAGGCAAGUCAAUGACCUACCCAGAGCGCAGCAGGCUGCGGGAAACGGUUUAAAUUGCUUACUGUUUAACUCAAGGAGUCUCUCGAACAAGUUACAUCAUCUUCACCUUUUACUUAGUACCUGUGGGCCAGAUAUAUUGUUUAUAACUGAGACAUGGCUUUCACCUAAAAUUUCCGAUUCUGAAAUCAUCAUCGAUCUUCCAUACAAACUAUUCAGAUAUGAUCGUACGCACCGAAAAGGUGGUGGUGUAUGUUGCCUGGUUAAAAAUGGCUUGAAAAUUUCCCCAAAUUUAAGUAUCCCGGAAUCGAAGUCUGAUAUCUUGUGCCUAGAUGUUUUUGAUUCCUUGCUUCCAGAAAAUGUUAGAAUUGUCCUAAUUUAUCGUCCUCCUGACUCUUCCGUAAGAGAUGAUGAACAACUUGUCGACAUAUUACUUGAUCUCUCCCUUUCGUUCAGAUACCUGAUCUUGCUAGGGGAUUUUAACCUUGAUGUUGACUGGAAUACUUUCACUCCCAAAAAUGCAUGUUCUUCUAGGUUUCUAGAUUUCUUCAAAUGUUGUGGACUAACCCAAUAUGUCUUGGAACCUACUCGAGGCGACUCAAUUCUUGAUUUAGUCCUAUCGUCCGUGCCUCUUUUGAGAAACGUUUCGAUUCAGCCACCCUUUGUGUCCUCUGACCACAAUUGUGUUGCGUUCCAAAUAGAGUUAACUAAACCCGAGGUAAGCAAACUACCUCUCCCGGACUUCAAUAAAACAGACUUUCGUAGAUUGUCUUUAUACUUAGAUUCGGUUGACUGGUGGGAUGCUUUAUGCUAUUAUGCGUCUGUCGAUGAUCUAUAUAGAAAAUUCUGCCGUGUUAUAUAUAUGGGCCUGGCUAUGUGUGUUCCCUUCCAUUCAACUGAGCCACAUAGGGUGCGAUACCCCAAACAUGUUGUGAAUCUAAUGGCUCAUAAACUAAGAUUAUUCAAUUCACUAUCAAACCCUUUGGUGAAUCCCUCCUAUAUUAGAAUCUGCUCUGAAUUGGAUCGUCACUUGAGAAAGUUCCUCAUUAACAGUGAAAAACAUGCAAAUAAUUCUGUCAAUAGUAAGGCAAUAUUUUCCCUAAUCAAUAAGAAAAUGAAAGCCCGUGUAACUCUUCCUGUUCUUCGCGAUGAUGCAGGAAAUCGUUAUCUUGAUGACGAGUCUAAAGCUGAAGCGCUGGCAAAAUAUUUUUCUUCAGUCUUUCUUGCUACCACCGAUUCCCAUGUAGUAACUGAUGAUACACACACUUCUUCCAUUUCCCCUGAGGUCAUGGCGUCUGUGUGUAUUCACCCAACUGAGGUGUUGCAUGUACUGAAAACCCUCAAAUGCUCCACAUCCGCAACUUUCGAUGGAAUACCCCAAAUUAUCUAUAAAAAAUGUGCUAUUUCACUUUAUAAACCACUAGCAAUGAUCUUCAAUGCCUCACUGCUGUUUAACGAAGUCCCUUCUUUGUGGAAAGAAUCCAUCGUCACAGCGAUUCCGAAAAGUAGUGACUCUGUACUUCUCUCCUCAUAUCGCCCAAUUAGCAUUACACCGCCCCCCAUAAAAAUUCUUGAAAAAAUAGUGAGAGAUAAAAUUCUUGCUUGGCUCAACAAAAACAACUCCAUUCCCCUAGAGCAGCAUGGCUUUGUGGCUAGAGCCUCA